AUAUAUCUAGACUUGAUUUCGGGAUCUUGGAUCGUUGACUAGCUAUUAUAAGUGUAGUUUGACCCCAUCGGUGAAGGAACGAAGAACACGAUCUGUGAAUCGAUCGAUCGAUGAGGGAAGAUACGGCCCAAGUGAAGGUUCCGAUACCCAUCGGAGAUUUAUGGAAGGCGAUGGCGAUCGAUAUAGGGAAAACGGCAACCACGGUUUUACCCGAUAUCGUGAAGGAAGUCGAGUUGCUCGAUGGAGAUGGCCGCCUUGGAACCAUCUUGGUCUUCAAAUUUCACCCCGGGGUACCGAAAAGCAGCUACCAGAGGGAGAAGAUUGUCGAGUUCGAUGAAUCUCGGCAUCAGAUCGCUCUUGAAAUACUGGAAGGAGGGCAUUUGGAUCACGGGUUUUCUUCGUACACGACUGGUUUUAUGUUAACCGCGGUUGGAGAAGCGGAGACACUGAUUGACAUCCAGGUUUUAUACGAGACCAAACCUGAACAUAUUCAUGUUCCGGGGGAGACUAUAAAAGCGACGUUCCAUUACAUCAAAUGCCUCGAAAACCAUCUGUCAAUCGGUAUCUCUUAAGCUCGAUCUUGUCGAAAACACUUCUUCUGCAUCUUUAGUUGUGUUUUGUGUUUCGGAAUCUAUGAAAUAAUAAAAGGAACACACAAGAAGACGGCAAAUUCCUUCGAUACGACUCGAAAAAACACGCGAUGACAUUCAAAC